AUUACAACACUAUCGCAAGCAUUGAGUCAAUGAAUGCAAUGACUUCACUGGAAACUAGUGUUGAAACGAGUGCUCAGCCAAUGAGCGCACAGCAUAUCAUUGCAAAUGUUGUUGUGUUUCGCGAAACACAUGGUUUGACACAAACGAGACAUGAAAACAGACACUGAAUUAGCCACCGAACCAGUGAUGGACGCCAUGGAAGCGAUGGACACGACCGAAGUGCGCGAACAGAUCCAGUCGGUGGUGCUCUCGAACCUGAGCCGUAGCGACGGCUCGUCUCUGUACUCCUUCGGCGAUACUGUGGUCCAGACGUCGGUCUUCGGGCCCACCGAAUGUCAUCAGAGCAAAGAGGAUCCCAUCAGAACCGCACUCACCGUCUGUUACCGACGACUCAUCCGCAACGCCAACAGAGACGACCCGCAGACCAAAGCCAUCGAGCGGUUCAUUGAGAGCAACGUCUCAUCCAUACUGUACUCACGACUCCAUCCGCGCACUCUUCUGACGAUUAUCUUACAGGAGAUGCAGAACAGCGGCUCAUUCGUGGCCUCAGCUCUCAAUGGCGUCUGUUUCGCAUUACUCGACUCCGGGUUCCCUCUCAAGUGUCUGUUGGCUGCCGUCGAGGCCAUUGUGACCACCGAUGGCCACGUGAUUGUGAACGCGUCGGACACCGAUAGGGAGAGCGCGGCUGCGGUCGUCACUGUAGUCUUCGAGAGCACGCAAUCCAAAGUGGUUUCCAUCGCCAGUGACGGCAACCUAUCGUUCACUCAAUUGCAACAAAUCAUCACUUCUUGCAAAGAAAGCGCACAAAAAAUAUUCACUUUUUAUAGAAAUUCAAUACAAAAGCGUUUCGAUAAGGAUUUGAAUCAUUUGAUCGAUAAUAAUGUUUAAUUGUAUUCAAUAUAUUGUGACAAUAAUUACAUUAUUUUUCAAUUGCUUUUCA